GCCGAAUUGUCGAUACGAAGCCCUCAGAGCGAGGAAGCAGGCAUGGGCAUCUAGCGAGAUUCGAUAAGACAGACUACCACCAAGUAUAUAAGUAGCAGUAGCAGUACCAGGACCACUAGCAUUAGCAUUACCCGCCCAUUCCAUCUCCGUACUGCCACUGAACAACUAUCGACGAGUGAAUCGAGUGGCGCUGUGAUCCAGCAAAGGCUAAACAUCCCACGAUCCUUAGGUAACGCAGCUGUCGGAGGCUGCUGUACUGCACGGUAAGCUCGGACGUGGACGAUUGUCACUUUUUCCAUCCACACACCACGAUCCGCCGAGAUACGGCCUCGACUGAGGAUAUUACAUCGUCUUCACGCCGCAUUGUGUUCCUUUUGCACGCACUCAUUCAAAUCUUCAUCUCCCUACUUUGACCAGAGAUUGACGACCCCGAGUCGCCGAGUGUCACAAGAGACGAGCGACCAGCAGCUGUGAUCUGCCUACUUCGGCCACGUCAACACCUCGAGCCACAACAUCUGGCCUCACCCUCACUGUCCAGCAACCAUGGCGCAGUUAGACACUCUGGAUCUUGUGGUCCUGGCUGCCAUCUGCCUGGGGACCAUUGCAUACUUCACGAAAGGCACCUACUGGGGCAUUGUACAGGAUCCAUAUGCCUCGACCUACUCAGCCGCCAAUGGCAGCAAGGCGGGGAAGACGAGAAAUAUCGUGGAGAAGAUGGAGGAGUCCAACAAGAACUGCGUGAUUUUCUAUGGCUCGCAAACCGGUACCGCAGAGGACUAUGCCUCGAGAUUGGCCAAGGAAGGCAAGAGCCGCUUUGGAUUGGAAACCAUGGUGGCCGAUUUGGAAGACUACGACUUUGAAAACCUCGACGCUUUCCCCGAAGACAAAGUGGUCAUGUUCAUUCUGGCUACCUACGGAGAGGGUGAACCAACUGAUAAUGCGGUCGAUUUCUAUGAGUUUAUCUACACUGGCGAACCUACCUUUUCUCAAUCAGCGGACCCCCCACUUGGAAAUCUCAAGUACGUGGCUUUUGGCCUCGGCAACAACACUUAUGAACACUACAACUCCAUGGUUCGAAAUGUCGAUUCUGCAUUGACCAAGCUAGGCGCGCACAGAAUUGGAGCCGCUGGAGAGGGUGAUGAUGGAGCCGGAACCAUGGAGGAAGAUUUCCUUGCCUGGAAGGAUCCCAUGUGGGCUGAGUUGUCUGAAAAGAUGGGUCUCGAGGAGCGUGAAGCAGUGUAUGAACCAGUCUUUGCCAUCAGCGAGCGCGAAGAUUUGACCACAGAAUCCCCUGAAGUCUACUUGGGAGAACCCAACAAAAUGCACCUCGAAGGUUCUUCUAAAGGCCCAUUCAACGCCCACAACCCAUACAUUGCACCCAUCGCCGAAUCUCAUGAACUCUUCUCCGUCAAGGACAGAAACUGCCUCCACAUGGAAAUUGAUAUCAGUGGCUCAAACCUCAGCUACCAGACUGGAGAUCACAUUGCAAUUUGGCCCACCAACUCUGGCAAGGAAGUCGACAGAUUUCUUAGUGUUACUGGUCUACUACCAAAGAGACAUAGUGUUGUCAGUGUCAAGCCAUUAGACUCCACCGCGAAAGUCCCAUUCCCUACACCAACCACUUUUGACGCCGUCAUUCGUUAUCAUAUGGAAAUUUGUGCCCCUGUCUCUCGUCAAUUCAUCUCCACCUUGGCACCAUUUGCCCCCAACGAAGACGCCAAGGCGGAAAUGGCCAAACUCGGAAGCGACAAGGAGUACUUUUCUGAGAAGAUUGCCGGCAGAUGUCUUAAUAUUGCCCAGGCUUUACAGACUGUUGGAGGUACUGAAAAGUGGAUUAACAUCCCUUUCUCUGCUUUCAUUGAAGGAAUCAACAAAAUCCAGCCACGUUACUACUCUAUUUCGUCAUCAUCACUCGUACAGAAAACGAAAAUCUCAAUUACUGCCGUUGUGGAGUCAACAAAAAUUGCUGGUCGCGAAGAUGCGCUUAAGGGUGUUACUACAAACUACUUGCUCGCCUUGAAACAGAAACAACACGGUGACCCAGCACCCGAUCCUCACGGAUUGACCUAUGAGAUUACUGGCCCUCGAAACAAGUAUGAUGGUGUUCAUGUACCUAUCCACGUUCGUCACUCAAACUUCAAGCUACCUUCGGACCCAUCCAAACCAGUUAUUAUGGUUGGCCCAGGUACUGGAGUUGCACCAUUUAGAGCAUUCGUACAGGAGCGAGCACAACAAGCAAAGAAUGGAGAAGAUGUGGGUAUGACAAUUCUGUUCUUUGGAUGCCGAAAACAGACGGAGGAUUUCAUGUACGCAUCCGAGUGGGAGGUAAGUCGAGUCUGGGAACCAAAAUGCUUGAUUAUAUCUGACACAAUUCCCAGCAAUACAAGAAGGAUCUUGGAGACAAGUUUGAGCUUAUCACCGCAUUCUCAAGAGAUGGGCCUAAGAAGGUUUAUGUCCAACACCGAUUAGAAGAGCACGCCAAGGAAGUCAACGAAUUACUACAAAAGAAGGCUUACUUUUACGUCUGCGGUGAUGCAGCCAACAUGGCCCGAGAAGUCAACAUUGUCCUAGGGAAAAUCAUCUCCAAGGAACGUGGCAUUCCUGAAACCAAGGCGGAAGAAAUCGUCAAGGGAAUGCGAUCAGCAAACCAAUACCAAGUAAGUAAUUUUCUUCCCUUUGCAAGAAUCAUUUCCUCCCGACGGAUCGACCUGAGUACAAUUUCACAAGGCAAACGCAAAUACUGACUACCAUGGCAGGAGGACGUUUGGUCAUGAAGAGCAAACGAAUAUCUCAUUAGACAGACAGAACCAAAAUUUCGCCCGCCCCCGACGAGAAAGUGGAGGGGGAACCAGAAGGGGGCAGCAGAGCAACCCAACCCAGGAAAGCAUUUCCGGCUUCUUGCAACGGAGAUGAAUUGUCUAUACCAUUACCAGAUUUCAACCAUCACUGGUGUUUUUCCCCCUCCCCUCCACUCCUCUCUCUCCAAGUUAAAACUGAAACCCCAUACUGGUGGUGGUGGUGUGGUCUUUGCAAAUAGAAUAUGCUAUUAUAAUUGAUUAUUACCCUUGUUCUUCCCCCUUUUUUCCUUCUUGUUUUUAUUUUCCUUUGGUCUCCUUUGGCGCUUGAUUGGGAAACUGGAAUUUGGUUCUUGGACAGAGAGAGAGACAGAGAGAGACAGAAAGAAAGACAGAUAGCAAGCAAGCAAGCGGAAAAGAAAUUUGAUAUGAACUCUGACUCUACUAGCGGGCGUUCCCUUUUUUGUGGUUUCGGUUGAGGCGAUAGAUUUCUCUUAAUUUCAAUUCCUCUCUCUUUUCCUGUAUUUAGUUUUCCCUCCUUUUUUUUAUGUUGAUAGGUCAAUGGUAAAUGGAAUUUUCAAAAAAUCUUUGUGAGAUCGUGAGAGUGUGAUGAUGAGGUUGAUGUGAUUUAUCUAUACUAUCUAUACUGCAUAUACCCGGCAGCCCAGCUAGCUUCGUCCAAUCCUACCAAACUACCAACCUACUAACUUACUAUGAUUCCUCUAACUACCAUAUCCAUACCCAUAAUGCUCUACCGAUCAAGCGUUUAUAUCACGUUAUUUGUUUCCACUCUCUGAGCGCGGGGAGUAGACAGGAGACCUCACCCAAUUUUGUCUUCAUAUUUGUAAUUGACUGCUUUCACAAUUCAAUGAAUGAAAUCUUUGCAUCCAUUCCAGAGACGAGAGCGGAGCCAGCGGGGUUCCCGACCCGGACGGAGCCUUGUUACAACCGUCUUACUUCGUCUGGUACUCAUACAGAGAUUUAGAUGGGAAUGAGAUGGGAAACAUGAGAUGAGUGAGCACUGUAAGAUGGAUGACGAGAUAUCUUCCACGUUUUUCUUUUCAGCCUCGGGGUUUGCUCGGUGGUGUCGAUAUUUUUAUGUUUGAUAUGCUAGUCAACUUAACCAUCAACCAUCAUCUCAUGUCUUGUCAACGGUAGUCAGUACAGGUACUGGAUGUGAUAGCGAGGUGUUCCCGCUACCGGUAAUGUGAUGUCGUUUUAUCGGUUUGUUUUGUUUUGUUUGUCCUGUAGGACGGGGAAGGCACUGUACAUUGUAAAUUGCGAAUCGCAUGGAAGCCAGGGAGGUAGGGGGUGGCCAAUUCGAUUCGUUCGAUGCAGAUGCACAUGCAGAAGUGUACCUAAGUUUGGUUGGCAAAAGUAAAAGUCCCGAAACACCGUGGUGAGCGGGGAUUUUGGGAUGUGAGAUUAAGAUUAGAUUUUACUGAUACCUUGUAGGAACCUACCUGUUGGUUUGGUACUGAUAUCUGAAUGGGGUUUAACAUUUGGAGGUACAUAUCCAUGUGGUUUGAUGAAUCCCGUUGGUUAGGGGAGGUAGGGUAGGUUUCCUGCUGACGAAAGCGUGGUGGCAUUCGGAAGAUCUUCAUGAUCCCGAACCGAUUCCCCGAUUCCGAUCGCUUGACCUCCAUCUCCUCACUUCAACCACAUGUCCCCCCUGCUCAGGUCGGUGGACGAUGAAUUGCUCUCAACAACGACAAUAGUAAGGAAAUUUGAUGAUGAACUACAAUAGUAGCAUGUUAUUCACCGAAUUGUAUUGCGUAGAAGAUCACCGUAGGUAGUGUGUUACCAGAGGGAAUGGAGUCUUCCGUCCUUUCUCUUUCAAUAGUGCUUCCUUUCAUCUUCAACUAUCCAGCAUAACUUUGCUUUUUCCUCAACUGAAGGUGUUUUCAACGGUGGAAUAUGGAUUGAUAUGCAAGGAGGUUCCUCAUGAAGAAAGACAGCCCUUCAGCGAAUAUUGAUUUGGAUUUGCUUCGCACCAGAGACGAGCCUUCUGAUGAGUUCGUUCUACCCACAUUACUUUGUCGAGAAAGCUAACACAACACAUCUUCAAGUUCGCUAUGAUCUCUGUUGUUGGGGUGCGGUGCUCAUCUCCGGGUUCAACGGCCAUGCCAUCCCCAUGCUUCUUCCUGGGUAUGGAGUAACGCAACGCAACGCACACUUGCAGUUGCGUUUUGCUUUUGCCGUAAGAUAGAGUACUUGUAAGCAUGACUUGCGGGGAUGAUGGAUGCCAAUAAGGGGACCAAACGCAAGAGAGCGGUAGGUGCCGGCAGCGACCACCAAACAAGAUGGAGCCAUUCAGGUGAUGGAGAUGCGAGACAUGCCUGGCAGGAUAUGGUCAGCUAAGAUCCGCUGCUUGUCUCACUUUGGCUGCCACUUAUUUGUCAGAUAUCGCUUUUCCUAGGUUCCCCAGGAAAAGAGCCGGAUGUCGGAUGGGGACUUUUCAUUGGUGGUGUGGUGGGUGCGUUCGCAGAGGUUUCCCAAGGGAUGGGGAUAAGCACUGGGCUCCUCAUUGUUGCGUUUCCAGAAACAAUUUCCGCCUCAAUGGGAUAAUGCUGCGAGCGGGACUGGUACACUGGUACUGGGCCAGCUAGUCAGUCUGCAAGUCUCAUUCACUCUUCCCUUGCCUCCAGAAAUUGUGUGCAGUGCAGUAUGCAUUUUCUGGAUGAGCCAGGUGGGAAGGAUGCAUAGCCGUCGAUGAAGCUGCCACAUAAAGCCCGCCUUUGUCCCACCUCCCUUCUGCUGCUUGCCUUUUGGGCUUGAGAGAAAGACGCGGAUAUCUCCAGUAUCAGUAUUGGUAUUGCUAUCGCUAUCCAUCUGCUUGCGCUGGCUCAGGCCUCAUCUUCAUCCCAUCUCCAUCUCCAUCAUCCCAUAUCUUUAUUGUUGUGUUGUCCGUUCCCAACUCUCACCACUCUCAGUCUCUACUACCCGCGGCAGUAAUAACCAAUCAAUUAUUCAUUGUCAACACAUUGAAGGAAAGAACGAAGGAAGAAAAGGGGAAGUCUGCCGGCGGCCUGUGAGUUGCUUCCAGCCGAGUUCUGUUGAGGGGGCUCAAAGUUGAGGUCCAAGUGAGGUAGUCACGCUUGCUCCUGUGGUUGUUUACACUGGCGACUCGACCUCGCGCUUGCCUCUUUAAGAAUUCCUCGCUCCCCCACCCACUCAAGUCGAAGCUUCCUUACGACAACAACUCAUCCCCGGCCAGCACGAGCGCGCCCAUAUCUUCUGCUCGCCCGUCCUCUCUCUCCUCUUCCUCCCAACAACUCGACAACAACCAACUCUUCACAAUCUCUACACAACCCCAUUCUGGCCUGAUAGCUUCCUAUCUUCUAGACUCACUCUCUUCGCUACUUGAACAUCUCACAGCCUUGACUUCUUCGUUUCUCCACCUCGAAACCCUCUCGCACUGAUUUCCUCUGCGACGUCCGCUUCGUGCCACUCGACCAAGACGCCUUUCCUCGACUCUUUUAGCAGGUGUGUUUCCUCCAAUGCUUGCAUGCCGCCGCGCUUGCUUGCCUCCUUACAUCUCGCUUUGUGCCGAUUCCAGUAGCUAACCAUCACCUCUUCUUCAGCUUAUUGCUUCGAAAGUCCGCAGCCAAAGCGUCCUGUUCUUGUCCGAAAGACUGUGAUAGUGAGUCAGACCUGGCUUUUCCUAUAUCAUUGCCCCCAUUUCCCCUCUUCCAUCAAGCGGAAAGCGGCGAGGGAUCGCUUAUUCACUUGAGCGGCAGAGCAAUUUUCAACUGCCCCUCUCUCCCCAAAGAUUCACCUUCAAAGUUUUCUCCCCGCCACCAAUAUUUUUCUUGUCUCCAUCCUUCUUCCCCAUCUCAUCUCGCCCGUCAUUUAACGCAAUCGUCAAUCCACAUCCAUACCAUCAACUCACAUCUCAUCGCUCAGAUUACCAUGUCUUACCAACAGACUGCGAGCCAUUCUGAGACUAACUACCCUCCUCGUCCGGCUUCCGCCAUGUACGCCCAACCUCAGAUCCGCACUCCUCGCGAGAAUCAAACUCAACCCACCGCAUUUGCUCAAGGACACACCCCAGCCCAAGGCGAGAACCUCAGCGCAAUGAUGAACCAAUUCGCCGGCCUUGCACUCCCCAACGCCAACAUGGCAUCUGCUGCUGCUGCCGCUAUGGGUGCUCAAAUUCCUUCCAUGCAGUAUUACCUCACCGCGGAGGGUCAGUAUUUGAUGGCUCCCACGGGUUUGUAUUCUCAACAGCCAAUGGCCGCAGCUCCUACUCAACUGGCUGAUGGUUCCUACAAUCCCUAUCAAGCUGCCCUUCCAUACCUCGCCGGUGCCUAUCCUGGUUAUGUCCCAGGUUACCCAACAAUGCUGCCAUACGCUGGAGGAGCUCGCGCUGGUUACUACCCGGAUCGAUCUGAGCAUUCAAAGGACGUCCCAGCUCUCGAGAAUCGCCGCGGCUCUUAUUCAACCAAUGAGUCUGCUCCAAGCACUCCUUAUUAUGGUGCACUUUCCCAACGUGAACAAGCUGGUACUCACAUCGCAGCUGUUGAUCGUUCGGUUUUUGGAUCUACCCCAUCUCCUCAACAGCUUGCUGUCCAACAUCCGGAUAACCAAAACGUCAAGCCACUCCAAUACAAGACUAUCCCAAUUAAUGUUGACGUCGAUGCACUGCUUGCGCAGAGCCCACCCAUUCCUCGCGCAGUUCCUGCUGUCUUCACACCUCGUGAGAGCAUGAGAACUCUCGACCAGAGCUUGUCUAAUCCUAUUGCUGGCAACCGCAAUGUCUACAUCCGUGGUCUCCACCCUAACACUGAUGAUGAGACUUUGGCUGCAUAUGCUGCUCGCUUUGGUAAGAUUGAGACCUCGAAGGCUAUCAUUGAUACCUCUACCGGAGCCUGCAAGGGGUAAGUUUCAUCCAAUUCCUUCUGUCUGAUCUAUGCAUGCUGACUUGACUUCAGAUUUGGUUUCGCAAAGUACCAUAAUGUUCGUGACUCUGAACUAUGUAUCCGCGGCUUUUACAAGCUCGGUUACGAAGUUGGCUUUGCUAGGGUAAACCCCACCCGUCCCUUGCCCGGAGAGCAACCUACUAAAGUAAAGCAGGAGUCCUUCAACUCUCGGCUUAAGGCAGAGGGUGAUGAGUCUUCUACGAAUCUUUAUGUGUCCAAUCUUCCAAAGGCCAUGACGGAAUCGGUGAGUAUAUCCCCUUUUGUGUACCAGGAAUGUCUAAUAUCUGUGUAGGAACUUGGUGCUAUUUUCAUGGAUUACACUGUGAGCUCCAGCCGAAUCCUUCGUGAUUCUAACAACAACAGCCGUGGUGUUGGUUUUGCUCGGUAAGCAAAAUUAUCCAGUUCUUUGGUUUAAGCAUUUACUGACCAAUGACAGAUUUGAGAGUCGUGAAGUUUGCGAGGAAAUCAUCAAGAAAUUCCAUGGACAGCCAAUUGGCGAGGAUGGUCUUCUCCUCCAAGUUCGAUAUGCCGACACUCCAGCUCAAAAGGACCUCAAGCGCAUCACCACUGAGCGUCGACAAUUCCGAACCAAUGAGUACAAUGUUGGUGCAUAUGGCACUGCAUCUGAACUCACAUUGUCUCCUCCAAUUCCAUCCCCUCUUCUUCCUCGCACCAGCAUGCUUAACCAACACAUCGGCUCUACUCGGUCUGAGGGCACCUGGAAGCGCGAGGAACCACACUCCACUACAAGCUCAACUGGUGGCGCUCCCAUCUUCAAGGACAUUGAUCGUCAGGUCAAGGUCGAACUCACCGAAGCCACUCCAAACAAGUCCUCGAACAAGUAAGUUUGUUCUUUGGUGCUUUCAAUGGACAACUGUCUAAUAUCCGCCUAGGCAGCCUUUGAUCACAACUCCAACCAUUUCGGAGGAUGGCUCAGCAGACGACACAGUCCAAUACGACGCACCACCACACAGUGGCUCUCCAACUGCCCGUAAAUCUUAAGCGAUAUCCCCCUUCAUGUUUCCCAAGAUGUCAUUCUUCCUUGGGCCUCUUUCGAUUUCCAUUACGUAUUCUUUCCUAUCACAACGCGAGGUUGCUUUUUAAAAGUCUUUUUGCGAUUCUCUCUCCAAGAUGCGGUCAUAUGCAGCACAUCGCCUUUUACAACAUAAACACAUUACCAUACAUGCGUACUCGUCGGGCAGAAGCAGACAUACAUAUCUGUCAACAUACACUAUGUCGCAUUGCUGAUGGUACCGUCAACAUAUUUUCAAGUCUUCUUACCAGGUAACAUCGAUUGUGGUCGCCGGUAUUUUUGAGUUGGGUGUGGCAUAUGGGAUAUGGCAUUUGGUGGCACGAAUCAUUUCACUAUGUCAGGAAGAGUUGAUAUGGAAAAGCCUUGAGCUUUUUACUUGUAUCAGUUGAUUUUCUUUUGCUGUGGAAUUAUGGCUAUCAAACUGCCUGGGGUUGGUAGGAUUCCUUGUGUAUCAUAGUUCGAUGGGAAUACAUCUCAUAUUUGCCAUAAUCCAAGUCCUUGCUUUGUGAUGUCAAAAUGACCCGUGAACCGAGU